AUGAAGAAUUUUAAAACUACACUUAAGGAAGAGACUAAUUUAAUUAUGAACAGAAUUAAGAAGAAUUCUAUCAGCCUGGCACUCACGCAGUCAAAUGAGGGAAUGGUCAUUUCUGAAGAAAUGGAGAUUCCCCACGUACUUAAACUAUUGAACGACCUCAAAAAUAAAAAAUGA